AUGGCUUUGUCCAUUUCUGAGGCUCAGGCGGAGCUUAUAAGCUCCUUGUCGCCUGACGACAUUCCAAUCAAACUACGUUGCGCAAUCUGUAGCAAACUGGCCGUCAAUGCCUUUCGACUGCCUUGCUGUGAGCAAGCCAUUUGCGAAUCAUGCCAAUCCCAUCUCCCUUCUUCUUGCCCCGUUUGCGAACACUCGCCUCUUUCUGCCGAGGAUUGCAACCCCAACAAGUCCCUCAGAACUACCAUUAGGGUCUUUCUCCGAACAGCUGAGAAGAAGAGGGAAGCCAGCAGGCCAAAGGAGACGACAUCAGCGACCCCGGCCGAGGGACCUGGCCCGACAGCUGCGGAUGCCAAAACGCAACCUGCUGGUAGUGACGCUCCAGUGAAUCAAAAGGUCAACGGAGAAGUGUCCAACAGUAAAGAUGAACCGAAUCAACAGCAAACUUCAUCACUCAAAAACUCCGAGAUGGAUAAGCCCCACGGCGAUGGACCGGCGAAACCUGUUGGCUCGGCCAAUCCGACAGAAGUUGGUACUGCAGGAAAGGCGGAGGGCAAUGCGGAGCAGCAUGACCCUGAGCACGAAAAAUAUCAACAGGCUAACAAGACGGACGAGCACAAUGGCAGCCACGAGGCCAAUGGAUUCGAAGAUUACGGAUCCGGGCCGACAAACACUGGUUUUCCCAUCAACAUUACGUUUCCAGGCGUCGGCGACUUUGGUCAAAUGCAGAUGAUGAUGGCCAUGCAAAAUGGAAUGGGGCCCAAUUCGUUUGGCAACUUCAACAUGAUGGGGAUGCCAGGAAUGGGGAUGGACCCGAUGGCGAUGCAAAACAUGUACAUGAAUGGUGGUUUUCAAGGCAUGGGCAUGAACGGCAUGGGGGGCGGCUUUGUGGGAGGGUAUGGACAAGGCUCCAAUGAUAAUAACUGGAAUGGUUCACAGCCGUGGAAUUUCGACCAGAAUAAUUACAAUCAAAAUGGUAUCGGCAUGGGCUCUGGUGAUUUUGGGAACUUUAACGCAGGAUUCCAGACAGGCUACAAUCAAGGUAAUUAUGGCCAGUUCAAUGACUAUCGCCGCUUCAACUAUGGCCGAGGCCGUGGCCGUGGCCGUAGCUUUGGCUUUGGCCUUGGCUUUUCUGGCGGACAUGGUCGUGGAGGCUACCAGCACAACGUCACGCCCAACUUUCACGGCCAAGGGCAGGGACCGGGACCGGGACCGGGACAGGGACACGGACAGGGACAGAUUUCUCCUCAAGGCAGCCAUGCCGUCUAUCCAGCGCAAAGUCAGGUCGCCGCCGCCGCCGGGGAACCUGCUGCUGAUGGCCGCAACUCUGACAAGGCGCCAGAACAAGCUCAAGCUGGAGAAGACGGCAGCAACCGAGCAACAGAGGCUGCCAGCAACAACGUCAACAACAGCAACAAUAACAACAACAGUGCCAGCAUCGCCAACAAUGCCAGCAAUGCCAAGAAUGCCGCCACUGCCGCCAAUGCCGACAAUGCCGGCAACAAUGUCGACUCGUCAACGCCAAACCAGCGUAAGGAACCGCCACGCUCUGAUCCUCCCGGUAACCCUGGUGAGUCCAGCGCUAUUCAGUCUGUCCUAGCAGCUUCGAGUGUACCCAUCAAUGCUCCAACAGGGCCCAAGGCGAUGCGACAGGGGCUGCCAAACACCAGUCUCCAUACUCUGCGUGCUCGAGGGUACCAAGUCGAUUUCGAAGGACCCAGCAAGGUGACGACGUCUGCCGCGUCGCAGCCGCCAUCGGGCCCGGCGGUUCGACCGGGCUCGCAAGGUGACUCUGUUGACCGUGAACAAGACUCACAAGCUGCUCAUGCUAGUAGAGAACAGUCGAAAGGCUUGGAGAGGCGCGACGUCCGCGUCAGUAGCCAACCCCACAGCAUCACUCGCUCACCGUCAAGGUCGCAAAGAAGCGCCAGAAGUCGGAGCAAGAGCAGGAGCGGGAGUAGGAGUGGCAGCAGGGGCGGCGGCAGCAGGAGCGGCAGCAGGGAUCCGGUCCACUCCCAAAAAAGAAGCUCUCAGCGCCGCAGGCGCCACCGCUCCGAGUCGGUUGGCGAGGAUGAGUACGAGGAUUCGCACCGUCGAAAGAAGCGUCGCGAGGGCAAGAUGUCCGGCGAUGACGACGAGCAUCAGGCCGCCAGCGAAGGCAAGCAGCGCACGGAGCGUUCCCGGUCCAGAUCAGCCGACCAGGCCAAGAGAGGCAGUCAUCGCAGCCGUCGAGGCAGAGACCACGAUGGCCGGAGGGAGCGCGUCAGGGACCCGCAUCAGGAGGCCGACAGGGCAAAGUCAUCUGGCCACAGGUCGCGUCGGGACCGAGACCACGACAGUUCGCGUCGCCAUGACCGUGAUAGAGACCGCGACCGGCGCAAAGACCGGCGGCGAGAACGAGACCGAGAGCGAGAGCGAGAGCGAGAGCGAGAGCGAGACCGAGACCGAGACCGAGAGCGAGAUCGGGACCGGGACCGGGACCGGGACCGGGAUAGAGACAAGAGACAUGCCAGCCCUAGCAGGAGAGGCUCUCGCUCGCCCGAACCCCCAGCGACCACCGGCUCCCGCUCGUCCAACUCCCGGGGCCAAGAAAAGCCGGGCAGCGGCAGCGGCAGCAAGUCGGGCACACCCGUCGACCCGCACACCUUGGAGCGGGAAGCCCGCAAUCGCGAGCGCCUGGUCAAGGAGGCACAGCGGAUGGCCGGCCUCGGCUCUCUGGGAGGCUCCAAGCGCGGGCGCGACGGCGACGGGGGCGACGGGGGCGGUGGCAGCGGUGGCGGCGGUGGCGGCGGUGGCGGCGACGGCAGCAGCGGCCGCCGCAAAGGCAGACGGUCCCGUCGACGCGGCGAGGCCAGAGACGGUGCCGACGAGGAAGAACGCAUGCGCCGAUUGGAGGCGGAGCGCGAAGGCGGCCGUUGGGGCUGA